CAAUCAGGUAAACGCAAUUUGCCCGCUCUAACUGGAAGAGUACAGGAAACAUGUCUCUCAGAGCAGACUCGUGGAAGCCGGUCUCGCACACCUGUCUACUUCUCAGAGAUCUUUGAACUGGCGCCAGACCCAUGCACGUAAUUCACUUCUAUGGCAUCCUGGAGAAGCGCGUGUUUAUUGUGUACACAUAAAGUAUGCCACAGCACACAACAACGACGGACUAUCACGCUGCUUGGCCGUUACUGUAGCCGUCGCAGUUACUGAGGGCAUCGGACGUCCGUGACCCCCUCGCCGUACAGAGAUGGCUCGAAUUGUUAAUCGUUGUAGGCAACUUAAACUUCUUCAGACGGGAGAGUAAGGACUGAGAUUUGAGGAUUGGAUUGGAGAUAAAGCACACUGGGUGAUUGAUUAUCGUUUAAUCCGGUGAUUAUGGAGGCUGCCCACUUCCAGUUCGUGCUAGACACCUGAAUGUGAAAAUAUGAUCCUUUAGAUUAAAUACCUGCUGUCAUUAGGAUACGAUUGUGUUACUGAUUGGAGAGCCAACGUGACCACUUUGGUUUUUAUGACUUCCAGGAACCAGUCGCAGAGUAAGGAUGAAGACAUAUCUAACGACAAUAAUAGCACUCAUAGCAACUUUGGAAUAUGUUGAUACAUUCCCAAUGAAGAAUGGGAGGGAAAUAUACCCAGAAGAGAAUGCAGAUAUUGAUUCUGUGUUUCUGUCCGAGGGAGACAUUGUGGUUGACUUGAGACGCAAUGCUGUGAGAGAUUUGUACGGAACAUGGCUCAACAGAACAGUUCCUUAUGAAAUACAGAGUUCCUAUGAUGAUCAACAACGCCGUGAAAUGCGAAUGGCCAUGGAGGAAUUCGAGCAAAAAACGUGUGUCCGGUUCCGACCCCGGACUAUCGAGCCUGAUUACAUUCGAAUUCUGCCCGAUGGGGGCUGCUCCAGUUCAGUGGGUCGGAAGGGCGGGAAGCAGAAGGUGUCUAUCGACUCCAACUGUGACAACAAGGGCACCAUCAUGCACGAGCUGAUGCACGCUCUUGGGUUCUGGCACGAGCAUAGCCGACCUGAUAGAGACCACUAUAUCACCAUCAUGUGGGAUAACAUAGCUAAAGAACACGAGGACAACUUCAAGUCUUACUCCUCCGACGACAUCGACACCCUCGGAGCCCCCUACGACUACGGCUCCAUCAUGCACUACCGCAACAACACCUUCGCUUUGGAUAGGUCCAAGCCGACCAUUCUCUCCAAAUUCCCGCUACCUAGAGGUGUGGUCAUGGGUCAGCGAGAGCACCUGUCUGACAUCGAUAUUGUCAAGAUCAACAGGCUGUACAGAUGUAAUAUAACUCACUGCCCCGACGCGGGCAUCCCCAAGAAUGGCGUCCGAGUUGGCGACGACUUCAAGGUGUCGAAGACGGUGAAGUACAAGUGUCAAACUGGCUAUUCUCUGGUGGGAAGUAACGCACGGUUCUGCAUGGACCUCGGGGACUGGACUGGCAACUUCCCAGUCUGUCUGCCCUCGUACAAAGGAGGUUACCUUCACUACUGCAACUUUGACCAGGGGAACCUGUGUGGCUGGAAGCAGGACUACACUGACGAGCAGAACUGGACCCUCCACAACCGCAGCACGCCGUCAGACUCUACCGGACCCAAGGCAGACCACACUAUGGGGACGUCAGAAGGUUACUACAUCUACCUUGAGAGCUCUACACCAUGCAAGGAGGGCGAUCGCGCCAGGCUUAUCUCCCCUACUUUCAGCUACCUGGGAACCAAGGCAUGUCUUGCGUUUCACUACCACAUGUACGGCAAGACUAUGGGGACGCUGAACGUCUAUCAGAGAGUCGGCGGCAAGAACGUACCCAAGUUUUCCCUGUCUGACAACCACGGAACCAGCUGGCACAUGGCGGUCUUCGUCCUGGACGACUCAAGCAGCUUCCAGCUGGUGAUCGAGGCGGUGGCCGGAAGCAGCUUCAAGAGCGACAUGGCCGUCGACGACAUCGUUGUUGGAUCCUGCGACAGCCUAUCAACACUUGUCAACGCUGCUACCCCAGAGACGAUGUCGUGCGACUUCAACAGCGACACUUGUGGUUGGAUACAGGCUAAGGACGACGUCUUUGACUGGACACUAGAGAAGGAUUCCACCUCUACAUUCAACACCGGCCCCGACUGUGACCCCACGAACUGUGCCAACGGCACUUAUCUGUACACGGAGUCAUCCAGCCCAAGGAAGCCCGGCGAUACAGCCAGAAUAGCCACACCUGUCUUAAAGCAGGGAGGUGGACCAAGAUGUCUGUCGUUUUCGUACCACAUGUUUGGGAACUCCAUGGGAACGCUCCGAGUGUUUAAUGCAGAGCUGGGAGCAGUACCUCAGCUUCUGUGGGUGAGAUCUGGUGACCAUGGAAACCAGUGGCAUCGAGAACAGAUCGACCUUGUCCCAAAGUCACCAUUUCAGAUUGUGUUUGAGGGGAUGCGUGGGACAAGCUGGCGGAGCGACAUGGCGAUAGACAACGUGGACAUCACAAAGGGAGAAUGUGCAGACAUCGUACAGUUUAACUGUCAGUUCGACACGGACUGGUGUGGAUGGACAAACGCCCAACCCCCGAUGGACACAUUUGAUUGGGAAAGAUCGAACCACUCAACAUGGACGCCAGGCACUGGACCAACUGCUGACCACACGACCAGUACAGGCUUCUUUGUAUACAUUGAAACGUCUGGGCCCGUGGCUCCCGGCUCAGUGGCUCGUCUCGUGUCCCCACGUAUGACAGAUGAGUCCUCGGGCUUCUGUCUGGAGUUCUGGUACCACAUGUAUGGGAGGGACGUCCGUACCCUCAGCGUCUUGCGCUACUCUCUGGAGGGGGGCGGCAUCACCUCACUCUGGUCCGCCACUGGAGACAAGGGCAAUUGGUGGAGACGUCAUCGCCAAACCGUGACAAGCUCUGGACAGGACUUUCAGAUCAUAUUUGAGGCGGUGUCCGGCGGCUCCCUCGGAGACAUUGCCAUCGACGACGUGUCCAUCACACCUGGCGCAUGCUACAGCUUCGACGCCCAGGUGUUGUCAAGAAGGCAUUUCCCGUUUUUGCAGAGUUCUGGGCGCUGAUUGGUUAGAUGACCAUGUGAGCUAUUGGCUGGAUUCACCCCGGGAGUGAACAACGAAUGUGAUAUAGUGAAUUAUAAUGACUUGUGUGAUCUUUGAGGAGGACCACGGACGGACAACGUAUUUUGUGUAUAUAUUUUGGAAAAGAUAUGCGAGACUGCAGCCAUACUGGAACUAUAUUUUUGAGAGGCAGCAGUGGAGGGUUGCGUUUGUAAAUAUGGUUGUUUGACAUUCUGUAUCCCAUACUUAAGGUUGUCUUGUUGUCUGUCUGCUUAACACAAGUAUUAUACAUUUCAAUGCUGAUUGGUGUAUCAUGUUGUAGUCAGAAGUUCUGUAAUGUUUAAAGCGCGACAUGUAACGUUGAUGUAAUGUUGUCUUACAUAUAUCUUGCUUUAUUGCCUCACCUAAAGUGCAUUCUAUUUAACUCAAAACAAAUAUCACCAGCUUACUAAAAUUCAUAACUUUUCUUUCUGAUUAGUUUUAGAUGAAACCAAAUCAUCAAAUUGAUUACAGAGCAAAAUAAGCCACAUAACAUCUCGAACACAUUUGUAGAAAUGCUAGCAAACUACGAAUACAAAAGUAGCCUGAUCUUCAUGUCGGAUGAUUAGAAACAAAUAUAUUGUCCGUAUUAAGUGUUUCCAUGGUAACAUUUCAUCUACAAUUGGGAUUUAACAACACUCCAGGAUAUGUUUUAGUCAACAAAGCUACUAAUUCAGUGUUAUCUGUGUUGUACAUUUAUGUUUGUUAUAUUAGAUGUUUGUAUUUAUGUUUAUUUAAUGCUUCCAUUUAAAAUCAUGUUCCUCAAAUAACAGUGUUCAGUAACAAAUGAUUUAUUCUCGGCGAAAUUGUAUCAACUUUGAAUUAACCAUAUACUUGAUUCUAGGCUGUGGUAUCGCUCGCUAGAAUGUAACGGUAUGUACGGUAGACAUGUGAGACUUUCGCUCCUCUGACCUUGUAGCUAAAACCCAACUCAACUUGUAGCUAAUGCCAGACAAACGAUCUUAUAUGAAUAGUAGCGAAUAAGAAGAUAUAUCAAGCGUUGUACUCUGGGCAGCCUGGGGAAAAUGCGGGCGAGGAGAUGAUAUUUUAUGAGCGCUUCGAUUUUUACACGUUUUCUUUUGUUAUAAUUCAAUGUGACAUUCAGCUUUGAUUAAACAGGGGUUUACAGGACACUUAAAAAAGAUACCAAUGCUAGGAGGAAAGGAGUACUUCAUGUUGAUAGCGCCUGUAUUCUGUGUUGCCAUCCACCGCCAGUGUAUGCAUGCAAUACUCAAGGAAUCAUGUAGCUUGGAAGUUGAUGUUUCUACUCAUUCUAUCAUAUCAUAUAAAAAUAACCAUCCAUGGCAAGAAAGGCGGAAAGUUUAACGUUCACGUAUAUUGUCUAAAUAACCUGGGCGGCAUUCAUUGCAGAGACUUCAGUGGCGAUAAUCCAUUAUUUUGUUUUGUCUCAGAUGAGUAAUAUUUGUCUUCAUCAAACUGUCUUUCCUGUAAAUAAUAAAUGUGAUUUGCCAAACACGUC